AUGUUCCCCGUCGGCCGCUGUUCCGGCGGCCGCCUCUUUCUGCUCCUGCUCCUGCUGCCCUCAACGCCCCUGGCCCUCGAAGCAGCACCCUCGGGCCCCACCGCCGCCCUGCUCCAGGCUCUCAGGCUGCACGAAGCGCCCCGGGGCGUCCCCGCCCUCCGGCCUGUGCCUCCUGUCAUGUGGCGCCUGUUCCGCCGCCGCGACCCCCAGGCAGCCAGAACGGGGCACCCUCUGCGGCCGUGCCACGUGGAGGAACUGGGGGUCGCCGGAAACAUCGUGCGCCACAUCCCGGACAGCGGUCUGUCCUCCAGGUCCCCAGAGCCCAGCAGGACCUCGGGGCUGGGCCCCAAGUGGACCGUCAGCUUCGACCUGUCGGCCGUGGGCCCCGCGGAGCGCCCCACGCGUGCGCGCCUGGAGGUGCGGCUGGAGGCCGAGGACGCGCGCGGCUGGGAGCUGAGCGUGGCGCUGUCGGCCGCGGCCGGGCGUCCCGGGCCUGAGCUGCGCGUCCCCGUCCGGCCCGGGCUGCCGCUGCGCGCCGACCUCCUGGGGGCCGCGGUGUCUGCCAACGCGUCUCUGCCGCGCACCCUGCGCCUGGCGCUGUCGCUGCACUGUGGAGCCACCGAUGCCCGCGCGCGCCUGGCAGAGGCCUCGCUGCUGCUGGUGACGCUAGACCCGCGCCUGUGUCCCCCGCUGCGGUCGAGGCGCCACACAGAGCCCGGGGUGGGCGGUGGCCCCGGGGGCGCGUGUCGCCCGCGACGGCUGCACGUGAGCUUCCGUGAGGUGGGCUGGCACCGCUGGGUGAUCGCCCCGCGCGGCUUCCUGGCCAACUUCUGCCAGGGCGCGUGUACGCUGCCCGAGCCCGGCGGGCCGCCUGUGCUCAACCACGCCGUGCUGCGCGCGCUCAUGCACGCGGCCGCCCCCACUCCCGGCGCAGGCCCGCCCUGCUGCGUGCCCGCACGCCUGUCGCCCAUCUCCGUGCUCUUCUUCGACAACAGCGACAAUGUGGUGCUGCGACACUACGAGGACAUGGUGGCGGAUGAGUGCGGCUGCCGCUGACCACCCGGGACCCUUGCAGGGACAGCCCCACGCGAAAGCAAGGACCGUUUGUUCAUGUUUUAUUGGUGACAAAAAGCUUAAAACAAAUUUGACCAAAAAUUAA